AUGCCUGCCAUGGAUGCUCAUCAGGCGGUGACGACCGGCGGUGGCGGCACCGGCGGCUACGUCGAGUUCCUGGACAAGGUCUGGGCAGCCCUCGCCGGGCUCGGCAAGAAGCUGGCCAAGAUCGCGACGGACGAUCCCAGGCGGGUGGUGCACUCGUUCAAGGUCGGGCUGGCGCUCACGCUGGUGUCCAUGCUCUACUACGUCCGCCCCAUCUUCAACAACUGGGGGCUCUCCACCCUCUGGGCCGUGCUCAUCACCGUCGCCGUCAUCAUGGAUUACACCGUCGGUGGGACGCUGAUCAAAGGCCUGAACAGGGCGACGGCAACGCUGGUCGCCGGGUUGAUCGCCGUCGGGGCUCACAAGGUGGCCAACCUGGGAGGCAGCAAAGGGGAGCCCAUCAUCAUACUCGCAAUCUUCGUCUUCCUCUUAGCGACGGCGGCGACGUUCACUCGGUUCAUCCCGGCGGUGAAGGCGUGGUACGACUACAGCGUGACCAUCUUCAUCCUGACCUUCAGCAUGGUGGCGGUGUCGAGCUACCGGGUGGAGGAGCUCAUCCGCCUCGCGUACCAGCGCUCCUUCACCAUCUUCGUCGGCGUCGCCACCUGCCUCUUCACCACCAUGUUCGUCUGCCCGGUCUGGGCCGGCGAGGACCUCCACAACCUCGCCGCCGAGAACCUCGACAAGCUCGCCGAGUUCCUUGAGGGACUGGAGUCCGAAUGCUUCGGGGAGAACGCUCCCGGCGAGGAUUUGGAAAGCAAACCGUUCCUCCAAGUGUACAAGAGCGUCCUCGACUGCAAGGCCACCGAAGACUCUUUGGCAAAUUUUGCCAAGUGGGAGCCAGGUCAUGGCAACUUCUACUUCCGGUACCCAUGGGGCCAAUACCAGAACAUCGGCGCCGUUGCACGCCAGUGCGCUUCCUCAAUGCAGACUCUUGCUUCCUACAUCAUCACACUCAUAAAAGCUCAGCGUCCUGAAACGAAUUUGGAGCUAUGCUCGAAGGUUCGAACAGCAUGCGGUGAGAUGAGCUUGCACUCGGCCAAGGCGCUCCGGGCGCUCUCAGCGGCGAUCCAGGCGAGGACUGUGCCAUCCCCGGCCAUGACUCACAUGACUGCAGCGAUCAGAGCGGCGAAAGGCCUCAAGGCCGAAUUGUCGCAGGACGAGGAUCUGGCCAAAGUGAUGCAUGUUGCUGGCAUUGCAUCUCUCCUCUCAGAAGUGGUUUCUCAGACAAAGAAGAUCACAGAAUCUGUUGGUAACCUAGCGAAAGUUGCCGGCUUCAAAAGCCCUGAUGAGAACACUGAUCAGAAGGAUGUGUUUGAUUCUUCCCCAAUAGGUAUCGAGAAAUGGGAUGGGGAUUGGCCCCGGGUCAUAGUCGGAACAGAGGAAUUAAUCGGAUGGGUCAUCUCCACGGCCGUGCACGAGGAGCUGCCGGAGAACUACGUCCGGCCGGAGGCGCAGCGCCCGCGCCUCCACGAGGUGGUCUCUGACGCGCAGAUGCCCGUCGUGGACCUCGCCGAACCCGACCCCGCCGCCGUCGUCGCCAGCAUCGGCGAGGCCUGCACCACCCACGGCUUCUUUCAGGUGCUCAACCAUGGGGUGCCCGUGGAGCUGAUGGACGCGAUGCUGGCGGUGGCGUACGAGUUCUUCCGGCUGCCGGCGGAGGAGAGGGCCAAGCUCUACUCCGACAACGGCUAUGCUUCAAAAGAAAAUUUUGAAAGUGACUAA